UCAGAAGCAGAUAAUAGCGAAUUUGUACCACCAUGACCCGAAAUCAGAACAUUAAUUCUAAAGAAAACGUAACCAAAAUCAUAUUUAAAAAUUCUAUGAAUACAUUACGCACUUCGAAAACAUAUUCUGGAGCAUCAGAAAUUUACACUAGAAGUUUAUUAUUGCAACUGAAACGAAAUUUACCAAAAGAUAAGUAUUAUAAAGAUAACGGAACAGUAAAAAGGGAUCUUAGUAUAGAAACUGAUAUAUGCAUUCUUAGGAGGUAUUAUAAGAAGCGGAGAAACAGAUUUCUUAAUCGAGAAGCAAUGUCUGCGAAGUCUAAGUAUUCUAUAAACCAAACAGAAAUUGAUACCAUAGAUGAAUUCAAGCAUGACACCAGUGCCUGUGGCGAUAGCGAACAGAAUGUAAAUGCUGCGAAUAAACAUUUAAAUAUUAAUCUAACGUCAUUAGUGAUAGACAAUCUUAAAGACCUGCUUAACGACUGGAUUAAAACAUAUUUACUAGAAAAGAGAGAGACAAAACAAAAAGUUGAUACGGUACUUGAUUCAAUACUGCACAAGCUAGAAUUGCAAACAAAAGAAGAAGAUACAUCCUCCUCGUGUACGUACACUGUUGAUAUUGAAGUUGGCCGUUGUAAUCGAAAUAAAAGAGCCGAAUUGCAAUCGAAGGAAUUGAAAAAUGUCACGUUACAAGCUACAAAGCUAACAGAAGAAGCUUCCGUUUUAAGUAUACCUUUAAAUGGUAAAUAUCUGAGAAUUAUAUCGACACUGAGUCUUCCACGAAACGCACAAAAAAUUAAGAGAGGUAGAAAGUCUCGGCAUAAUAUGAAACGAUUCCGUCAUAAGAAAAUUUUUCUAUCAAUAAGUAAAUCAAGCAACUACAUAUUCCAAUCUUCAAAUUUGGACUUUUUGACAUUACCAACAAAAUCUUUCACUAAACAUUGUGUCACAUACGAUCACGACGCGAAUAUAAAAUUUAAAAAUUUCAUUAUGCCUAAAUCAUCAUCGGACACAAAUGAUUACAUCGUUGAUUCCACUUGUAAAGAAAGUAACCAAAGUAUACGCAAUGUCAAAACAAAUAGAACUUAUUCAAAUUCUCAUAACAUUAAAAGUUUUUAUGAAAAUAUAUACAGUGACACUAGCAAUAGAAAUAAUAACGAUGCUGAAAAAGAGGUUAAGUUAAAUGACAAUAUAAACAAAGAUAUAUGUAAAUCACCGAAUGAAGAAGAUCAAAGUGAUCCACUUAUUACUAUUGACUUAAUAACACACAGUUAUGAGAAUCAUGAUAAAAAUAAACAAAGUAAUCUCAACUUGAAAGCAUCAAAGAGAGCUAAAAAUCUGAAAGCUAAGUUUAGAGGAAGUAAUAAAUGUAAGAAAAACGUAUCAAAAUCUCACCACUUAAAAAAUAUAAAUCCAAAACAGUUUACUUAUUUAUUUCGGAAAUCAAAUAACUUAAAUCAAGAAAAAACAUUACUAAAACAUUUCCAAAGUAUUAUCAGGUAUUUUUCGAGUUGUGAAGGCAAAAAAGAUAUAAAAGUAGAUAUUCACGUCAAUGUGUUCCCAUCGAAGGAGAAUAAAAAAGAUCACUUUAAUGAUUUAGACAAAAACGAAAAUAAAACUGCCCAUUGUGAUUUAUUAGUGUAUACAAAUAAUGAAAAAAUACGUGAUGCACGUGAUGUAACCUCAUGUGAUAAACAAAAUAUUAUUUCCCUACUUGAUGGUGCUGCUAGCCAAGUAAAAUAUAUUAUUAGUAGAGAAACUUCGACAGAUAUAUCCGAAAUUAAUAACAAAAUAGAAACUGAAAUAAAUCCUCUGAAUGCAAAACAUUCAAAAAUAGCUCAAGAGAUAAAUGAAUUAAAAAUAAUUUUAAAAUCUUUAGCAACAACCGCAGAAAAAUUAGCUAAUGGUCGUUUACACAAACAAAAUGUACACAAGGAAAUCUUAAACAAUACUGGUAUAGACGUUAGCACCACAAAUAAGCCUGAUAUGCAAACUGUAAAUACGAGUAUAUCAAAUAUAAUAAAGUCAUCUAAAAGUGUUCAGUUUUCCAAUAAACCUAAAAGUGAAAUAGUGUCUGGAAUAAAAAUAAAAAAAGGACCAAAACAUAAACAUUCCAGUAAUUUUAAUGCAAAUCUUGUGAAGAAAAAUACCUCAUAUAAUAUCAUAGAUAGUGAAUCUAUAAUAAAAGUAACAGAUAUGACUUUAGCUCCACAAGGGUGCACAGAAUCAACAGUAGAUGAAGCUGUCACUUGCUCAUUACCAAUAUCGAAAUCAGUAUUUAAAUUUGAAAUUGGACCGGAGAAAAAUAAGUUGUUAGCAUAUUAUUGUGAUGAAGAAAAAAUGCACAAUAUCUGUCAACAUCACAACCCAUACCGUUCAAUUUCAAAUGGGAACCGAUGUCAAAAAGUAAAGCAAUUUUGUAUGCUUUCAAAAUACAAUCAAGACAUAGGCUGUAAUUAUGAACCAGAGUUUACACCAACAAAUGAUGAUUGCGAGCUGUGUGAUAAUUCCAGUUCAUCCAUUUGUAUAGAUAUUGAUAGUAAUUCGUUUGAUAGAAAAUUAACGAUAAGGCACAAUUCUGGAAUGGGUUUCUGGGAAGGAUGUUUUUACUGUCUGCUGUUAUGGAUACCACUAUUAUUAGUUUCGUGGUUGUUUUAUGUCCAUGUGAUAAGAGAUUUACUCAGGCAAAAAAAUGAUUUACUACGGAAGUUUUCUUUAGGUGCGCGUUUUAAGCCGAAUACGCCUUCCGCAGAUUUUCCCAUACGUCUUGCUGAUUUAGGGUUUUAG